GGUCACAAAUUGUGUUAGGUCGCAGAAUUUGGUGUAACACCUGAACCCCGGCCAAAAGUCCUAUUUAUAAGGAACAGCCAGCAUGGAGCCGCGCGCAUGCGCGGUAGAGUCCGGAUUGUUGCAGACAGGGCGGCUCGUUACUAAGCAGCACCGCACAGACGACAGCAGCGGACACCCCCGAGAGGAAGGAGUACUGUCAGCGUGAUAACAACACCGCCUCACCAGAGCACAGAAGGGAUGGCAGUGAAUGUGUACGCCACGUCUGUGUCCAUUGACAACCUCAGUCGACAUGACAUGCUGGCAUGGGUCAACGAUUCUCUGCAUCUCACCUACACCAAGAUUGAGCAGCUCUGUUCAGGAGCUGCAUACUGCCAGUUCAUGGAUAUGUUAUUCCCAGGGUGCAUUCUUUUGAAGAAGGUCAAAUUUCAAGCCAAACUGGAGCACGAAUUUAUACACAACUUCAAAGUUCUUCAAGCAGCUUUCAAACGGAUGAGCGUGGACAAAAUAAUUCCUGUAGAAAAGCUCGUAAAAGGAAAGUUCCAAGAUAACUUUGAAUUCGUGCAGUGGUUCAAGAAGUUCUUUGACGCCAACUACGACGGGAAGGAGUAUGAUCCGAUUCUAGCCAGACAAGGGCAGGAUGUGGCCCCUACUCCCAAUCCAGGUGAUCACUUUAUCUACAAACCAAAGAGAAAUCCAGGACCACAGCGGACAUCUCCGACGGUUCCCAAAAACAUGCCGAUGCCACAGCGAGUCCAGCACAACAUGCCCGCCAUCAGGAAGAAUCCAUCUUUGUCUAGAAACGGGGGUAGCGACGCAGAGGUUAUGGAGCUAAAUCAACAGCUGAUGGAGUUGAAGCUGACUGUAGAUGGUCUAGAGAAGGAGAGGGACUUCUACUUCAGCAAACUACGGGACAUCGAGCUCAUCUGUCAGGAACACGAGAGUGAAAACAACCCCGUCCUCAGCAAGAUAAUUGACAUUCUCUACGCCACAGAGGAAGGCUUCGCACCCCCAGAAGACGAGGACCUUGACGAACAAGCUCACCUGGACCAGGAUGAAUACUGAACCCAUCGUCUCCCUCCCCCACAGCAUUCCCAUCUCCCUUCUCUUUUUCUUUAUGUCCUCGUUUAUUUUCUAUUCCCUGCACACAACCUAGAAAAGCCCAUCAUUAUUUCUGCGCUCUUACUUUCUCAUAUGCACAUCUGUCGGUGAUCCAUCCCAUCACCUCCCAACCGUUCGCUGCUCCUCCUCCUCGUCUCCACUUACACCGUAACAAUAACAGUAAUGUGGACAAAUCCCAGUCAUUUUAGCAUGAGUAACGCAGAAAAUCAAGGAGAGCCUGGAAUAAAGGUUGUUGUAUCAAACACUUGAGUUUAAGUCUGUAAAUAUUACCAGCAUUUUGAUUUUUAAAUUAUAGCGUCUUUGCCAAUUCUAGAGUAUUUUAUUUGCCUUCCUUAAUGUGCCGUUGUUAUUAACAUCAGAGCACAGAUCAAGACUGCUCCAAUGUGCCAUCGGGACACCGUUCGAGCCACUAAAACUGUAACUAAAAUGACUUUUUAACUGCUAUUUCCUAUUUAUUUAAUUUAUAUUUUAUUUGGACUGACGUUCUGUAGCAAAGUUGUUGCAGGUCUGCUGUACGUGAAACUAAAACUGAAGCAAGCUGUGGUUUGUGCUCGAAACACUGAAGGAAGGUUUUGGUGUGACGAGUCACACCUCAGACCGGUGGAUCUGCAGGUACUUGUUUGAUUGUUUCUGAGCAUGAGAAUGUUACAUUUUGACUGUGAAUGAGUGAAAUUCUGUAAAUGUACUUUGUGUGGAGAUUCUGUGGCACGAUGCUGAGUUGGUGCCAUCGGCUGAAGAGGCAGAAGCCUUUGGGGUUAAAUGUAACAGACGGCGCCUGCAGACUGAUAACAUGGUUAUGUAGCAGUUUAACAUGUUUGUCACUCUGACAAAAAAUAAUCACCUGAUAGGUGUUGUUGUUGUUUUCUGCUACAAAGAAAAAUUAAAGGUUUGUGUUUUUAUGUUUUUAUUUGAGUAAAUGAUGAAUUUAGAGAUGUUUCACCUGUUGGCUGGUUAUCAUUUUGGAUCAAAGCGAACAAGGACAUCCUCUCUUCUUCCCUCGCUGUUUUUUAAUUUGACAACAGGCUGUUAUCAGCUGUCUGGAUCAUGCAGUCAUGGGUCGUGUCUACAGAACUCUCAUCUUUUCAAUAAAUAAACAAUUAUUGAACAAAU